AUGGCGAUCCUGGUCACGAGCUGCAAGCGAGGACGUCCAGCGCGGACGCGAGGACUCGCUUGGGCCUGGCCCGUGGCUUCCGCCCUUCUGCUACUUCGGCAUUCGCCGGAGCCCUCUGCCAUCGCAGGCUUCCUCCUCCAGCCUGGCAGCUCCAGGCGAGCGUUGCUCUCUGCAGCAGCUCUCCUGAGUCAACCCCUCGCCAAGGACACUGCCUCCGCUUCACCCGCAGAGGUGUGUGAUGACAGCUGCCUCUCCAAAAUAUUUGGAAACUUCGCGAAUCCGAAUUCCCAGGAAGAGCGCGACAUAUUUUUUUCCUUUAGCGAGGAGAGCAUCACGUACGCUUAUGGCACGAUCACCCCGAAGUCGGUGCGCUCCGUGCUGAAGCGCUUGGAAUUCGAGCCGUCAGAUGUCUUUACGGACCUGGGCUCGGGUAUCGGCAACGUGGCCCUGCAGGUCUAUGCGAACACCCCGAUGCAACGCGUUCGUGGCAUCGAGUUCGUGAAGGAAAGGCACAACGAUGCCGUGAGGCAUGCAGAGGAAUUCCAGCGCACGCACCAGGUUAGCAAGGACAAAGAGAUCCUGCUGGUGAACGGCGAUGUUUGCAAGGAGGACUGGUCGGACUCGACCAUCGUCUUUUCUUCCUCCACGUGCUUCGAUGACCGGGCGAUGGAGUGCCUUCGACGUCUAUGCGAGGAGAACUCCAAGCUGAAGUAUCUGGUAACGUCACGCGAGCUUCCGCCGACGACACUGAGGUCACUUGGGGUGCUCGAGAGCCUUGAAACCUCCUGGUCAACAAAGAGUGACGUGACCUACUGGGUGCACCUCGGCCCGGAGUCGAGAACGGAGCACUCGUCACAGUCUUCAUGCCGGCAGCGGGAAGGGCUGCAGCUUCGAAAGCGCUCCAUGACAACGGCCAAGGACGGCAAGGUCCGCACGGACAUGUUCUACCCAGCCGGUUUCAUGGACAUGGUCCAGAUCGACAAGACCAAGGAGAACUUCCGGCUGCUGUACAACACCAAGGGCCGCUUCAAUCUCCACAAGGUGGCGAAGGAAGAGGCCAGCUACAAGCUUUGCCGCGUCAAGCGGGUGACCCGAGGCCCGCGUGGCGUCCCGUAUGCACAGACCCACGACGGCCGCACCAUCCGGUAUCCAGAUCCGGACAUCAAGGCUCACGACACGAUCCGGCUGGAUUUGGAGAGCGGGAAGAUCCUGGACCAUGUGAAGUUCGAGGUUGGCAACAUGGUGAUGGUCAGCGGUGGAAACAACAUCGGUCGAGUCGGAACCAUUACGCACCGUGAGAAGCACCCCGGCUCGUUCGAAAUUGUCCACAUCAAGGACGCUGCCGGUCACAGCUUCAAUACGCGCCUGGAGAACGUCUUUCUCAUCGGCUCGGGCAACAAGCCAUGGAUCUCGCUGCCAAAGGGCAACGGCAUUAAGCUGAGCAUUGUCGAAGAUCGUGGCCAGAGGAUGAGCAAGUGA